AUGGUCGACAAUGGCGGUCCCGCCAGCGGCCUGUCGCGAACGGGGGCUGUUCCCCAGCAGCAGCAACCCAAGCCUCCAGAGGCAAGCAACACCAAGAAGCGCAAGGUGAGUGAGGAUGCGACAAAUGCGACGACGGCACGGAACGAUCUGUCAGCGCCGCCGCCACCCAUCCACACGCGAACCAUGGCAGCUUGUGAUGCGUGUCGGGUGAGCAAGACGCGAUGCGAUGCUGCCAGGCCCGUGUGCGCAAAGUGUCUCAAGCGUGGCCGCAAUUGCGUGUAUCCAGACCGAGACCCAACAUCCAUGUUCGAGACAUGGGGCAAGAAGAUCCUGAGUGCUUUGGAGAAUCAAAGCCAGUUACUCUCUGAGGUCGCCCAGAGCACAGCACACAACAUUCACCUCCAGCAGCACCACCAACACCACCACCAACAGCAAUCACCCCAAUCAUCACACCACCCACCAGCCCUAGAUGACGAUGACCCGGAGAACAUGUCUCGGAAAGACGUCCCCUGGACACCCAUCACCGGAUCAGACAAGAUCCUGAACUGGAUCGUAUUUCCAAGAGAAAGACCGGCGCAGACACUGCCGCCAUCAGCAUUCGUCGCCAAGCCUAAUCACUGGGCACUGGAAACAGCGAGCCCCUCAGUCGCGCGCAUAUACGAGCUUCGCGACAUCUUCUUCUCCCAGGUGGAACCCAAAUGUCCGCUCGUGGAUGUCGAAGACCUGGAUGCCUACAUUGCUGAGGUGAUUGAGCAUGGCUUCGCAUGGACUUCGUCGUCCUGCCUCGUCCUCAUCGUGUUCGCUCUCGCCGCUAUUUGGGGCCACUACCCCGAUGAUGAGCGGCGUUUGGUGGUAUCGAACAGUGCAGCCGAGAGAUACACGGCUGCUGUACCGGAGCAUCGAAUUCGGGAAUCGUCCAUCUAUCUCGGCAUGGCCCAGAGGCGCUUGUCAGCCGCAUCGCAGGACGAGUCGCUCGUCGGAGCACUGUGUUAUUUGCUUUACGGAAAUUGGCUCCAGUACAACUUCGAACCUAUCCAGGCUUGGAAGAUGUUCCGCACCGCGUCGACGUUGUGGGAAACAUACAACCUGAAAUGUGCGCAUGGGAGAGUGCAGAAGCCAAAACGAGAGGCGAGUCUUGAAGCACGAUGUUACUGGACCUGCCUGAAAUCCGAGUACGAAAUGCGUUACGAAAUACCCGAUCUACCCCCAUGCUCUCUACAAGAGUCGCCGUCGAUCCCUUUCUCCAGCUCGCCGUUCAGCGAGGGCGUCCCCAAUGGCUCCGACCACCUCCUCCACAACGACUCUCCUGGGAGUGGCUACAGCGUCAACUUCACACCAUCUUCUCACUACUACUUCCUUGCCGAAAUAUCCCUUCGACGGCUACUGAACAGGGCGCGCCACGCCGCCACCAUGCUCUCCCCGAACAUAGACUCCAUCACCGCCGCACGUGUAGCCGACAUCAUGCAUCAGCUCGAGGGACAGCUCCAGAAAUGGCUAGAAUGCCUCCCUCCCGCAUUGCGCUUCAACGUGCCGCCCGACUCAUGGCCGGCGCCGGACGAGCCAGAGCUGGUCAAGCUCAUGCGAGAGCGGUAUGUCGAGGUUCGCGAGCUGCUGUAUCGGGUGUUUCUGUACAUCUGCCUGCAUGGAGGGACCCGCCUUACCCAUGCCCAAGCCAAGAUGUAUGGCGCAAAGGCGUCAGCUGGUCUGCGGCUCAGCAUAUACCGAAUCAACACCGAAAGGCCGUUCUAUCGCCAUGCCGGGUCGUGGAUUGCAUGCAGAGUCCGUUUCAACCAGGCCCUGUGUCUGUUGGCGGCGGUCAGAGGCUUGGAGAUGGCGAUCGAGUCGGCCGCAUAUGUUGCAGUGCCUCCCACGUGGCGCGAGUGCGUGUGCAUGGUGCGCGACCGGCUCGAGACGUGGAGUGAUCAAGGUGGCGGCGUUGGGGAGCUCGCUUUGCUGCUGGGGUGGCUGUUGAAGUAG